GACCUUUUGGGUUUAUAAUAAAGGGCUUGACGCGCCGCAAAGUCCCCCAGCCGCUGGCCACCAGCCUUCCAGCCCUUACGGCCCACCCUGUGAUCCUGGUGACCGAGAAGCUUUUUGCCUGGAAAGUGCCUGCCUGCCUGCCGGCCUUUGAACUUAAAUUGUCUGAAGUUGUAGAGCAGAGCCACUGCCAGAAGGAAGGGGACAAGACCCAGCAGGACACCUUCUUUCCACGCUUUCCAGCCUGUGAGAGCAGCAGGGGCAGCAGAGAGGGAACCUGGAGCCGGGAUUAAUGACCCAUUUAUGAAGCAUCUUAUUCUGCGACUGAGGCUGUGUGGUCAGUGGCGACGUAAAUGGCUCAACUCCCCGCUGGCAUUCGCUUCAUCAUCUCGUUCUCCAGGGAUCAGUGGUACAGAGCCUUCAUUUUUAUUUUGACAUUUCUGCUGUAUGCAAGUUUUCACUUAUCUCGAAAGCCUAUCAGCAUCGUUAAGGGUGAGCUCCACAAGUAUUGCACUGCUUGGGAUGAAGCUGACGGCAGAUUCAGCAGCCAGAGCAGCAAGUCUGGGUCCGUUGCCCCCCGCCAGCUCCCUGACAAUGAGACCGACUGUGGCUGGGCACCAUUUGAUAAGAACAACUAUCAGCAGCUGCUUGGGGCCCUGGACUACUCCUUCCUGUGCGCCUAUGCCGUGGGGAUGUACCUCAGUGGCAUAAUUGGGGAACGCCUGCCAAUUAGGUAUUACCUAACUUUUGGGAUGCUCGCCAGUGGAGCCUUCACUGCCCUGUUCGGCUUAGGGUAUUUCUACAACAUCCACAGUUUCGGAUUCUACGUGGUAACUCAGGUCAUCAACGGGCUGGUGCAGACCACCGGCUGGCCCAGCGUCGUCACCUGCCUCGGCAACUGGUUUGGAAAAGGAAGGAGAGGUUUGAUUAUGGGGGUCUGGAACUCCCACACCUCCGUAGGCAACAUCUUGGGGUCGUUGAUCGCUGGCUACUGGGUGUCCACGUGCUGGGGCCUGUCCUUCGUUGUGCCUGGGGCCAUCGUGGCAGCCAUGGGGAUAGUGUGCUUUCUCUUCCUCAUUGAACAUCCAAAGGACGUCAGGUGCUCCUCCACCCUGCUGACGCACCCAAAAGGCUCUGAGAAUGGUACAAACAGAUUGAGCCUCCAGAAGCAAAUCUUGAAGACCGAAAAGAACAGGCCUCUGCACCCAAAAGGCUCUGAGAAUGGUACAAACAGAUUAAGUCUCCAGAAGCAAAUCUUGAAGACUGAAAAGAACAGGUCUCUGGACCCCGAGAUGCAGUGCCUGCUGCUCUCAGAUGGGAAGGGCUCCAUCCACCCAAACCACGUCGUCAUUCUCCCCGGGGACGGUGGGAGUGGCACGGCCGCCAUCAGCUUCACAGGAGCCUUGAAAAUUCCAGGCGUGAUAGAGUUCUCGCUGUGUCUGCUGUUCGCCAAACUGGUCAGCUAUACUUUCCUCUUCUGGCUGCCCCUGUACAUCACGAAUGUGGAUCACCUUGAUGCCAAGAAAGCAGGGGAGCUCUCCACCCUGUUUGACGUGGGCGGAAUCUUUGGUGGGAUCCUGGCAGGUGUGAUCUCAGACCGACUGGAGAAAAGGGCCUCCACCUGCGGCCUGAUGCUGCUGCUCGCAGCCCCCACGCUGUACAUCUUCUCCACCAUCAGCAAGAUGGGGUUCGAGGCCACCGUCGCCAUGCUGCUGCUCAGCGGAGCCCUGGUCAGUGGGCCCUACGCACUCAUCACCACCGCCGUCUCUGCCGACCUGGGGACUCAUAGAAGUCUGAAAGGCAACGCGCACGCCCUGUCCACCGUGACCGCCAUCAUCGACGGGACCGGCUCUGUAGGAGCAGCCCUGGGCCCCCUGCUGGCUGGGCUCCUCUCCCCGUCCGGCUGGAGCAAUGUGUUUUACAUGCUGAUGUUUGCAGAUGCCUGUGCCUUACUGUUCCUGAUCCGCCUCAUACACAAGGAGCUGAGCUGCCCAGGGUCAACGACGGAGGACCAAGUUCCAUUUAAGGAACAGUGAUGCCCCACCCCCGGUCCCGUGGAGCGGGUCUGGGCCCACCCUUCACAACUGCCUUUCAAGGACAGUUUAGAUAAAGGGCCCUGCACAGAAAGAGUGACUUCCCUUUGCCUUUUGCACACGCACCUGGAAAAGACACAGAAGCCAACCUGAGAACUCCUGGUGCUAUUUUCAAUGAGAUGCAGAGCUGAACAGCAGUGAGAAAAGUCUGCAGGAACUGCUGCCUGAGCCGAGCCAGAGAACCGAAGACCCGGCCACCCCUGGCCUUGAAGGCGUGUGCCCAUGCAACCACCUAAAUGCACGCGUGACAGCAAGGCCGGGCGGGUGUGGGGUGCACAGAUAGCCUCGACCCUCUCAGGAGUGUCAGCCACGGAACAUCACAGUGAGCGAGUGCCACGCUGACUGUGGCUUCAGAGAACCUGAAUGUGCCAUGUGGAAAAACAGGACAGCAGAGCCCACCAGACAGCGCCAGCCAGCGGAGAAGCAGAGAGCCAGCGCCACAUGACAGCAGGAAGGCCGACAACCUGAUCGGAAACCAGGACGAGCUCAGACCUACACCACCCCAGAGGCUUUUCUAGCACCCCUGAUGUUCCAGACUGACCUGAAAACUAAUUGUUGAGAAGCCAAGGCUGAGGAGGCAGAAAGCACCUCCAGUUGGAGGCACCCAGGCGUGCCAGCCACAGAGCGCCCCGAAGCCACCGUCAUCCCAGCCCCUGGCAUUCCCGCUGCCCCCCGAGGCCUCGGUGCUGCUGUUCAGCUCGGGGCACAGGGGCAUGGCAGAGGCUUGGGAAGUGGCCUCCCCACCAGCACUGGGAUUGGCGGGUCCAAGCCCAGCAACGGGCUUCACGCCACGACACACACCACACCUGGGACGGUUUUUAAUACCUAGCAACAGAGUGGGUUAUUUAAGAUGUGUAUUGUGUCAUAUGAAGUUUAAGAAACAUAAAUGGCAUUUUAUUUAUUAAGACAAACUCCAAUUGUUCUCUGGCCAUUUUUUUUCAGUCGUGUCUAGAAAAAUACUUAUCUGCCCUUUGAAAUAAAAUGUUUUUGUUAAAAAAAUCUCAGAACA